GUAUCAAGGCAAAGAAAUUCAGGGCAAAUCCUUACCAUGCAGUUUUCUACUGCAGUAAGUCCACAGUCAUUUUCCACUCCAGGCUGGAAGACUGAGACCAAGUAUUCAGCCAGAGUGCUCACUGGAAACUGGUUGGAGGAGAGGAGGAAGUUCACGAAAGACACUGAGAAAACACCCCAGUCCAUUUACAGAAAAGAGUACGUCCCCUUCCCGGGUCACAGACCGGACCACAUCUCCAUGUGGUACAGCAAGAGGAGAGUUGAGGGGCUCCCGUACAAACACCUGAUCACCCACCACCAGGAGCCCUCGCACCACCAUCUGAUCAGCACGUAUGAUGACCAUUAUAACCGGCAUAACCAUAACCCGGACCUGCCCCAGCUCCGCACUUGGAAUGGACAUCAGCUGCUGUGGCUCCCAGAGAAAUCUGACUUCCCCCUUCUCGCUCCCCCUACGAACUACGGACUCUCUGAGCAGCUGAAGCGGAGAUGGCUCGCCCCACGCGAGGCGGCCCCGAGGGAGAGCACUCACACCGCCUCCUUCCCCAGACCUCCAUCGGGUGCUCUGUCCCGGCGGGAGCACGCGAUUCCGGUGCCCCCUCCUCGCCUGCAGCCUGUCCCGCGCUUCUGAGAACGGCCACCCGCCCUCCCCG